UGGCCGCACGUCGUCCGUCGGCAGCUGUCACUGACAAAUUCGUCUGCUUCGUGUAAAUUUGUGUGAUGAACGAGUUUAGAUUUUUUUAUUUCUUGCAUAAAUAUGGUGUACAUUAACAGAUAAUGGGUCGUUUGAUUGCCUAUUUUACUGUUAAAUGAAUAAAUUGUGUAUAAGCUAACUAAACGGUGUUGUUUUUGAUAUAAUGGAGGAUCUCAAUUUGACAGAAACCGAAAUGAGAUAUUUCGGUGAUUUGUUUUUAUGUUGUGACGAAGAAUCCAAUGGGAAAAUACCAAUUUUGAAAGCAACGGAACUGUUUAGAUCAUCUAAUGUACCUAACGAUAUCCUAAAACAGAUCAUGGAUAUAAGCGUGGCACCUAGUAACUCAGCAUCGCUGAAUCAUAUGAACAGAAAACAGUUUUAUUCUACUUUAAAAUUAAUAGCAGCUCAUCAAACAAAUGUAGCAUUGAAGCCUGAACUUCUGUCCACUCCUCUGGAUUUGCCCCUGCCAAGGUUUACAUGGGCACUAAAUUCCGAGGCUAGCGCAGACUUAAUACAAUUAUCUAAUUCACCUAAGGAACAACAUAUCCCUAAGAGAGAAAGGAAUUUUACUAGUAACAUUGGAGCAUAUGAACCCAUAAGAUUACAGUCAAAUUUAUCGGAUAGUGAUGUGCCACAAACUCUGUCUCAUGAUAACACGGAAGCUCUAAGCACUGACUCGGAAAUGGAGUCUGAAACAAUGUCACAGAGGUCAGACACACAUGGGCGACGAGGUAAAAACGGAUCACCAUGGAGCACAGCCAGUGAAAGUCCAACGCCAACCAACAGUGUAGCAGAGCGAGUGCAUCCAGUGUGGGAGCACAGUGCCACGGGCCGCGGUGUGUGGCCCGCCAACACCGGCGAGGAACACACCAGGCUACUGGGCACGGAGGAGGAAUCAUCCGACCGACAUUCAUCCGAAGAAGAGGGCGAGCCAGAAGGAGAAGAGGCGACGAGCGACGCGUGGAGCAUCAGCAACGAACAAGCCCAGCAUUAUGCGGCACAGUUCGCGCAGCUGCGGCCCGAGCGCGGGCUGCUGUCGGGACACACUGCCAGAUUGUUCUUCGAAAAAUCCCGACUAUCGGUGCCGGACCUACGCAAGAUAUGGCAGCUGUCCGACAUCAACAAGGACGGCAUGCUCUCCUUAGAAGAGUUCAGCAUCGCCAUGCACCUCAUAGUGCUGCGGCGCGCCGGCGCGCCCGUGCCCGCCGCCCUGCCCGCCGCGCUGGCGCCCAGAGGAGACCCCAGGUACUCCCAGCCCACUACAGACCUAGUAGACCUAGGGGCCGACAUGUUCGGCUCCGGGACCUCCGCCGAUUUCAACUUUGCGCCUAAAACCGAAGCGCCCGAUCCGUACGAAGCGAAGCCUAAACCCGACGACCGCGGGCCCUCCCUCACCCCGCCGAAGCCCGAUCCCCAAGUCAACAAUAAAGAGUGGACGAAGUUCGUCGACUCGCCGACUUCGAGCGUCUCGAGCCCCGGCCCUAAACCGGUAAACUUCGACUUUCACAAGUCCGCCCUAGAGCGGGAUCCGAAGAUAUAUCACCCGGUAGCGUUGAGAGUGACUCCGGAUGUGACGGUACCUCACGGGGAGGAGCUCCGAUCGAGCACCUCACCGAGGCGAGACGACUUCGCCCACGCCUUCGAGCUGGCCAGCCCGAAGCGGCUAAAUCCCCCGGCCGAACCGGCGCCCAAUGGGGCGCCGCAAGAGAUCAAAUCGAUCCAACGCCCGCAGCCGAAGAAACCUUUAAAGAGCGCCGGAGCUUUACCUCCACCGCCGGCGCGGGAGUCCUCGGUGCACGCGGACGACGGGCCCGCCUCCUUACAGUACGCGCCGAAGAAGGAGCCGCCGCCGCCGCCGCCGCCGCGGCCGCUGCGCAACCACGCGCGCUCCAGCUCGCUCGACCUCAACCGCUUCAAGGCCGCGCCCGCGCCCGCCCCCCCGCCUCCUCCCCGCAUGUCCCCCUCCGCCGCCUCCCCGCCGCCGCGCCGCCUCGUCAACCAGCGCAGCGAGGGCGAGCCCGCCUUCCCGCCCGACGCCUUCGCCCCGAGGGGGGACUACGACGGCGAGGGCUUCGGGUACAACAGGGAGGACGCGCCGAAGAUGCACGGGGCGUUCGAGGUGUACCGGAAACCGAGUCGGGAGGGUUCCUCGGGCGCGGAGGAGCCGAGCGUGCGCGCGCUGCAGGAGCAGAACGCCGUGCUGCACCGCGUGUGCCGCGCGCUGUGCGCCGAGCUGGCCGACGUGGCGCGCGAGCGCGAGCUGCUGCGCGUGCGCCUGCAGCCGCGCGACGCCGUGUAGCCGCGCCCCGCCGCCGGCGACACCCCCGACCUGGCCGAUAGCCGAGCCCCGGGACCGACGUACGUUGCUAAUUCACCGUUAAAAAUAUAUUCCUAAUUCGAAGUACACGUAGUCGGUGGGGUAAAUUUGGACUGUACAUUCUUAAGUCACUAAUUGGACGACGAUUGGUGAUUAUCGCUAAAAAUUAUAGGCUUAAGGCCGGUGCGCACCGACUGCGUGUGUGCGUGCACUAAAAAUGUUGGACACGUGCACGCACACGCCACUCAAGUAGUGUGCAGUAUCUUAUAAUGAUCCGUGCACUACUACGCACACUCACAACGCGUCUAGCACCCGUUUUAAAUGUUAUCUUCGGUAUAAAUUUAUAUAAGUUCAUGUGUAAAAUGCUGCGAUCGGCAAGUGUCCCGAAGCCAUAAAGAUUACGCUUACAUCGCCUACUGCUUAUGGAUCGUUUUUGAAACAUUGGCUGAAAAAGAUCAAUAGUCCUGGCUAGCUACCUAUCCUGUUUUAAUAUUAUACACGUUUUAAAGUGAACUUUAAGGGGCCGUCACAAUAGAUCACUGCUUGGUCUACGUGUCACUCAAAGGCCCACAACACCCCAAUAAAUUAUUAUUGGGGUGUUGUGCGCGUUUUAAAAGUGCCUAUAUAGUUUUAAUAAAUGUUUCAUGUAUUAAAAGGGCAACUUUCUACAUAUUUUUUUACGAUACCUGCGUUUGAUCGAUACGUAUUUAUAUUGCUACUUUGAAUCUGAAUGAAUACUUUUAUAAUAAUAUUUAAAGGACAUUUUAUAACAAGAUAGGUGGCCCGGCGAGCGGUCGAAAAACCUGGUGCGAAGAAGAUUAUGUAUUUUCCGUGAUCUAUUAUUUCAAUCAUUUUGUAUUAUUUCACGUAUGUAAUCUCAAUGAACAAUGGGAAUAUUUUCCUUUUUACUUAUUGUAUCCCAGUCACGUAUAUCGAUAUAGUGUAAAGUGUCGAUAAUUUAAAAUAGUUUUUCGUUAUCUGAAAGAGACAAAUCAAAAUUGAUUCCAUUCCUAAUUAUAAAAAAUUGUAUAGCGGCGAUAAUCGAUGAGUAUUCGAUUACUUUUGAAUAAUAUAUCGGCGAAUUUUGCCCGAUACACAUUUGCUUCUGCAUGUAAGGAGCUUUAAGAGGCUGUAUAUUUGAAUCCCACAUUAUUCCCCGUUUUUUAAAUAAGUCCCACAUAGCAUAAAUUAUGUUAAUAAAAUAUAUGGAUAUUUUGUACUCUGGCGGCUUAUAAUAAUCUCAAAAGUAAAAAUUAUCCUUGACUAAAGGUUCCCCCACAUAUGUCGCCGCGAAAUCGGCAAGAUAAGCAAAAAGCUUUAUGUCUGCGCAAUAAGAGCGAAAUAGUCGUCGUUCGGCUCGACUCGCAUCGGGCAGCGCCUGCCGUCGACGGCUUUUUCCCUCUUAUAGAGCGGACAUAAAGCUUUUUCCUAUCGGCCGUCGAUAUAUCUGGGGAAACCCUUACCUAGUAAUUAUUAUGUAUGAUAGGAGUCAUCAUUAGUCACAAACUUAACGUCAGUAAUGUUUUAUUUUAUACAUCGCUUAGUGUUCACUUGUAAUUGCAUUUAGACUUAAUAUAUUUCAUUGCAUGUCCGGCUAAUUUAUAUGUAUACCAUACAGUUUGCACACGAAGCCCGAGGAAGUUAAAUGAAGCUCCUGAGCGCUUGUCAGGCAGCGAAUCUACGGUUUUCGUGCUCGAACUGUUGGAUACCGAACUAUCGAACGAUAUACGAACAACAACGUAUAUCCGAGCGUUGCUUUUAUUUUUUGACAUUUUUAUAUAUUGUGACCUUUUUUGCCACUUUUGUGUUAGAGUCAGACUGACCGUGAAAAGUCUGCAGCGAUUUUGAUAGCCCACGCAGUGCAAGUGUCAUUUCAAACGUCAAACUUCUAUGAAAUUAUGACGUAUUAAUAACACUUACACUGCGUGGGCUACCAAAUCCGCUGCAGACUUUUCUUGGUGCGACUCUGUUUCUACUCAGGCCGCGUAGCCAAGAUGCCAAUCGCUUACGCUUCGUAGCGAUCGAAACGCAACUGUCACUGUCACACUAAUAUGGAAGAGUGAUAGAGAGACAUAAUGCUUUUCGUUGUCGAAGCGAUAGCGAUUGUAAUCUUGGCUAGGCCGGCUGAAUCACGAGCUCAUUCGAUUCUCAUGGUAUAAAAAAUUCGUCCAGAGAUUUUUUUCCUACUGUGUUACCCUUUCCCCAUAUCAUUUGUAUGGCGGUAACAAAAAGGAAAGUUUGAAAAACACUUUUUUUCUCCUAUAAGGAUGAUAAGGGCUCGCGAUCCUGACUAGAAAUAGCACAAAAGUGGCAAAAAAGGUCACAAUAUAUAAAAAUGGCAAAAAAAAAGAAAAGCUCAUCCUUUUUUAGUUUUUUCAUUUUAUCAUUUUUUUUAGUUUACCAUUUGUCAAAUUAUCAUAGUUUUGAAUACAUAUUUUGUCUUAACAAAUUAGAAUUCUUCUCAUUUAUUCUGUGUAAGAUCCUAUCGAUGUCACAGUUGACUAACAAUUAUCUAGACCUUAUUACAAAUAUACAUAAGGCCUAUUAUGGUCAUAUUAUUGUAAUGGGCUACAGCAGCAGUGAAAAACAUCUAUGAAAAGUUAUAUGGAAUGUACACGGUUUUGCUAUCUGUAUUUAAUACGUAAGGCAAACCAGCAAGCCUAUUAUGGAUCGCUUUAUCCACGUGAUAAAACAACUGUCACUUUUUAACUCUGCGGGAUAGAAAGAGACGGACACCGUUUUAUCAAGCUGUCACGUAGCCAAAUACGACCAUCAUAUCCGUACUGGGCGACGGAAGUGACUGGGUCUUUUACCACUCAUAUGUAAGGUGAAUGUGGCUAAUUCCGUCACAGGGGCUAUUCCGUCCACUUGCGUUUUUCUCGAACAACAUUGAUAAUUUCGUCGACAAAGCAGUGAUUGCUUUUAAUUUAAGCAAUCAAAAGCAAAUGGUUUUUUUCCUAUGGUUGAAAAUCAAAGAAAUAUACGCUCGUGGACGGAAUAGCCCACAUUUACUUUAUCUAAAACAAAUAAUAUAAUACAUAUUAUACAAAUAUACAACUAAGUACAGUCAGCAGCAGAAGUUGCUAAGCGGGCGCGGUGUUCAAAAUGACCUUGACACGCUCUUAUUCUCUUAACAAUAAAGUCGCGUCAAGAUCAUUUUGAACACCUGAUCCGCUUAGCAACUUCUGCUGCUGACUGUACCCAACCUUGCUGGGUUAAAAUGAUAUGUCGGUAAAAUGUUCAGUUAUUUCCGACUUCCAAAGCAAUGAGGUUUAGUGGUCAAGCAAAAUGUUGCUCUGUAGUUUUAAGCGACCUAAAUAUUGCUUGUUUACACUUAUUACUAAAUCUUAAACCGUUUGCGGAGAUCCGAGAAGAAUCUUGAAUGUAUGUGACAAGAAGAUUAAACGCAAAUUGCUUUGCAAAUUUCACAAAAAAAUACUAUGUUAAAUAACGCAGACUAUUCAAAUUUGGUUUUUAUACGAAAUUAAGUAUGUACUUUAAAUUUUAUUGUUGUUUAAGAUAAGUAAUAAAAUCAUAGACAUACCAGAAACGAGUAAAGAAAUAUUAAAGAUUGCUAAUAUUGAUACGAAGUUGACUUCCUCUGGCAUAGAGUUAAUUCAAGCAACUCCAUAGUCUAAUAAAACAUGGUCUUCUCUUCUCAGAGUGACACAAGCCUACGUCACAAUAACAUGGCCGCUAUAUAUAGCGCUAUCGCAGAGAUGACGUAGGCUUGUGUCAGUCACGUGACCACGAAAAGACGGGAAGAGAGUACCUACCAGGCGGAGUAUAUUAUUAUACCAUGAAGCGACUCGAAAUGUCCCAACGCCACAUAUGACAUAAACUCUUUGUUUUGGUGGAAAAACAACUUAGUAUUGAUUAGCAGUCUUUUAAUUUACUAAUCUCAAUGGAAUGAUCGCCAAACCAUAGAGAAAUAUAAAUAAAGAAAGAUUGGUAACUCCAUACAUCAAUUUAACAAAACGCGAGUUAUUUCGUAGUCGACAUCUAACGUCAAGUAGUGGAAUUUGUCAGUACCGCUACUUGACACCAGAUGCCACAAGUGUCGCUACUAGCGAAAAAUGUACUACUAAAACAAUUUACAGCUAACACUAGAAUCAGAACCAGUUGAAAAUAGAGUUCCGGUUAUAAUAUUGGCUGAAAAUUGUUGAGCAUUAGAGUUUUCGUUCGUCGCGACUGUCGCUACAUCUAUUGUCAACUAGAAGAACUGGUAAAUUCCGCUACUUGACGCUAGAUGUCGACUGCGAAAUAAAUCGCGUUUUAUUUUAUUUAUUUAUACAAGGAAUUCCAACAGCUAUGAAUGAUAGACAUUAGACAUACAUUACUAUACACAUACAAAAAACACACACACACACACACACACAUACAUUAUUGAUUGAUUUUUUUGGGAAGAAAACUGAUGUAUGGAGUUACCACUCUUUAUUUAUAUUUCUCUAUGGUCAAAUUGAAAUCACAUAUCGCCGUCGUACGAGUAUAUAUUUGUGUUUAAGGUUGUGCACUAUAUGUUAUCCGUUCCUUCCCAGCAUAGCUUUAUUGUCUAACUAAGUAGUGCCAGUAACUAACGCUUGCUAAAGGAUGACUCACGUUACACCGGGCCGUGUCCGGGCCGGAGCUUCCGGCGCAUUGUUUUCUAUGGAAAG